UCUUGGGCUUAGGGUUUCCCAAAAACCGCAGCCGCGAGAGUUCAUCGCCGGAGCUCGAUCUCGUCUCGAUUCCAACGAACAUGGCGACCCAGAUGAGCAAGAAGCGAAAGUUCGUGGCGGAUGGCGUCUUCUUCGCCGAGCUCAACGAGGUCCUCACUAGGGAGCUCGCAGAAGAUGGAUACUCUGGAGUCGAGGUGCGCGUCACUCCCAUGCGCACAGAGAUUAUUAUCCGUGCCACCCGUACUCAGAACGUUCUAGGGGAGAAAGGGAGAAGGAUCAGGGAGCUGACAUCUGUUGUGCAGAAAAGAUUCAAUUUUCCUGACAACAGUGUGGAGCUUUAUGCGGAGAAGGUGAACAACAGGGGUCUUUGUGCCAUUGCUCAGGCUGAGUCUCUUCGCUAUAAGCUCCUUGGAGGGCUUGCAGUCCGGAGGGCUUGCUAUGGUGUCCUCAGGUUUAUCAUGGAAAGUGGUGCCAAGGGAUGUGAGGUUAUCGUGAGUGGGAAGCUCAGGGCCCAACGUGCCAAAUCUAUGAAGUUCAAGGAUGGCUAUAUGAUUUCUUCUGGCCAGCCUGUCAAUGAGUACAUUGAUUCAGCAGUGCGGCAUGUUCUCCUAAGACAGGGUGUGCUUGGGAUCAAGGUCAAAAUUAUGCUUGAUUGGGAUCCAAAGGGUAAGCAAGGGCCUAUGACACCAUUGCCGGAUCUGGUCACCAUUCAUGCACCAAAGGAUGAGGAUGAGUUUAUGCGGCCGCCAGUGGUGAUGGCCCCUGAGGUAGAAGUCCCAGUUGCAUGAGUUGAUUGAGUUCUUUUUCAUGAAGCCUAGCACUUUGUUUUUGUUAGUUCUGUGGACUAUGUUUGUGAAAAUUAGCAUGUAGUCACUUAUUUGGUUCACUUGCGUUGGUACCUUUUCACUAUGUUUGUGUUAAAUGACAAGGCCUUUAUUUAUGGUUAACAGCAUCAAUUGUUUUUUUGCCUACAGAA